CCAAUUUGGGUUCAGAAGAGGACACGGACACGGACACGGACACGGACAUGGACACGGAACUAUUGAGCAUUGAGCAGUGCAGUGCCAUCGAAUUGUAACCCGCUGCUGAAGGCCUACAAGUACGAUCCGUACGAGAAGAAGAAGAAGUUCACCGUGGAGCAUUAUGAUCACAUUAUGAUUACUAGGCACACUUGGUCGACAGGGCAGCGCUCAAGUGCACCGAUUUCUGGAGAAGCGUCUACAUGCCAAGGGCAUUGCAUUGCACCACCUGGUCGCUGCUGUCUGAGAUCUUUCCACAGAAGCUGGCACUGUUUGCCGAUUGCAUUGAUGCCUUCGUGCAGAUUGCCUGUCCACGCCUGUCCAUCCUGCUGAAUCCCUAUGAGCUAUCCGUGGUGCUGGGCUACAUUGAGUCACAUUGACGCCAGAUAAUGCCUCGCCACGCAGCAAUGCUUAUCCCAUGGACUUCUAUGCCAGCGGCAGCCUGGGCCCCUGGACGCCUAACUUUAAGCCACCAGCGCUGGGUGAAUGCGUGGCCCUCGGCAGACUGUUGUGACCUGAAGCUUUCCUCACUUCUCUCAAGCGUGACUUAAUGCCCAAAUGUUAUAAUGCUAUACCUACUAAUUUAAGUUAGUACAAAUUUGAUUUCACCGUGGAGCACACAUUCAAUUAUUUCAAUGCUAGGAAUAUGUCCAUGCUAUAUAUAUUAUCUGCUGACCAGCUGAAUACUACUACUUGGUGUAAUCUUUUGGACGCCAUGUAUUUAUAUUUCCAAAUAAAUCUCUUAUCAUUUCA